AUGCGACUUCCUCAGCAGGGAAAUGUUCAGUCAAUAAAAAUGGAGGGCACCAACGUGGAUUCAGAGCAUAGCGCUGCCUUUGAUCCAUUUGAUGGUGUAGAAAAAGACGAGGCAACAGAAAUUAAAAUCAAAUGGUGGUCGGAUCACGUUGGGGAAGUGUUAGAUACUCACCGAAGUCCUUUCGUAGCUGCAGAAAUUUUGUUGCAGCAGAUGCAUGAGUAUGGCGCCGGUGGAGAUAUUACAGAACAUCUUCUCCUGGCCACUGUGUUGCCUGUUCUACAUCGUUGUGCAAAGGGUUUGGGAACGUAUGGUGAGCUUUUAGAGAAGGCGUUACACGAACUUCUUCCUGCGAUAUUAUUUACAAGAACGUAUGCUUUUCCUCAUAGGGAGGUACUUCAACGACGCCCCUAUGCAGAGUGCUUUGAGUGUAUUCGUCGGAAAUUCAAUUAUCAUGUCCAGUUAUCUUCUAUGAUACAGCGCAAAGUUGUACUGGAAGAGGAAGUCAUGGCGCGCGCUGUUCGUAAGCUUGAUAAGUUAUGGUUGAAGAUGUGCUUUAGAGCCUGGGGUGGCCUCUGCGCUCACAUUCGGGCAAAGAAGCGGGGAUUUCAGCGUCUGGUUGUCAGAGGGGGGGCGUUGAGGGUAGUCCCAGGGCUUAUCAGGAGUUGGCGCCGCUACGCGCACGAGGUCACACUUCGCGAGAAACUCUUAAAACAUAAUGCACUCGCAAAGGAGUAUGAGGAACUAUUUCUUGUGGAACAAGUGCUUAAGAGUCGUCACGAGCGCAUUCUAGAGGAGGUUCGGGAGAAAAAUCGAUCUUUGGAAGUAACAACGGAGCGUUGUAAGGAGACGGAAAAUCGGCUAAAGGCUCUUGAAGGCAUUUUAGAUGAAACCAUGACCUCGCUCCGAGCGCAUUGGAAAAGCUGGAACGAGACUACGGUUAAUCUUUUCUCCGACACCAACGAAUUUCAGCUUCCCGUAUUUGGGAAUCUUCGUUCGGAUGUCCAGUCCACUGUACAAAAUAUAACCGAUACGGCGGCGUUUUACUUGCGAGAAGCUCAGAAGCGCACAUGUAAAGUAGGCAAAAAUACUAUCAGUCAGUUUAUUUUAAAAACGAACUUGGGUGGCCGGUUCGUUGAGCGGUGGGGGCCGGAUGAUCUUAUGGCUAUGGUGACGAACGUCUGCAAUACUGUGACGCCACCAUUGAGACUCGUUGAUGUGGUUCGCGACGAUCAACAGAAGUACGAUUUAACCCUCAAGUUUCUUGCUUGCGUAAAUAGCGGUGGUCAUUGCUCCUUGUUUACUCAGCAUCAAUUUAGUUCCGAGGAUGAGUUUUCAGUAGAUGACUGCACUGAGCAUGGGAAGGAGAUGGUGGCCCACGUUGCAACCGGCGUGGAUUCGCUUCAUUGUUGCCCGGAGUCAAAUAGGAAGUAUAUUGAGGCUAUGCAAAAUUGUUUGACAGCUGAGGAGCUGAAUCACGUACAUGACUACUUGGAUAGGGUAUUUUGCGAACUUGCUGCAGCUGGUCUUCCCCUACAGAGGGACAAAAUUGAAAAGUGUGUUGUUGCCAUUGUGGAACCGCACGACCGCCAGGUCGUCCGCGCCUUGUAUCCUUCACAGGGCAUUAAGUCUGUUUCUGACAUGGUGAACUACCUCCUAAAGCUUUCACAGUUUACGUCGUGGACAAUUAGCAGUUUGGUGGAGCUUUUAGAGAGUAACUAUGACGCUGAUCCCAAGGAGGACCUCUUUGUUGCGUUGUGUGACGAGGGUGUUGUGAACUACUUCCACGAACACGCCACAGCCCUUGAUGGCCUCUUUGCAAAGUUUAACGAAAGAAAAACCCAGAUGUUUCUUUCAGAGAAACUAAUGAGGGGAUUUGUGAUUGCCAAGUUUGGCCUUUUAGAUAGUGAGGUGGACACCUUAUUCAGCUUUAAUGCGGCCACGGGGAAGAUGACCAGGAAUGAGUUUAACAAGUUUCUUCUCGCACUUGCUGCCUUUGUUGACCCCUCACCUUUUGUGCCGGCGGCUGAAAAACUUGCGGUCGUAGUCGAACAAUGUAUAGAGGCAAAAUAA